GACCACUUCACCAUCUUCUCCGUCUUUUUUCGUUACCUUCGUCGCCGGUGCACUCAGCUCCAUUGGUCUCGGAGUGCGUAGUUGCUGUAUGGUUUAUAUGGCUUAUGCCCGAUGCAAAGGCUGCCGUCCCCGAAUUAACGAAAAAGACUUCGCGUAAAGCUCGCCGAUGUUCAGCUCCCCCUGCUCUCUCUUCUUCUUCUUCACGUCGGCAAGCAUCCAUCCUUCGUUCCCGCAGCCGAGCAGCCCUCAUCUUGGAGCCGUCUACUCCAGACAGUACUCCCACCCGACAUGUGUCUUUCUUGGAAUCUCAGAUCAGGUCCGGAAACUCUAGACGGUUUUCGGCCCCCGCUGGGGAAGUAAAGCGCGAAUCCGACGAGAAUUUACCAUCCCAAUGUGACUCUAGUCCUCGGUCAUCCUCAUCGACACUCGUUUCCACCCAGAUUCUCAUUAAACCUAUGUUGGCGCUCUCCCCUAGCGUUGCAGAAAACGGAGACGGUUCAGCAGAAUCCGAUUCCUCUCGCCGAUCUUCCCUUCGCUUGCCAAAGAUGAGGAAUCCUUUCAGAAGCAAGAAACGAACUAGUGAAGAACGAACGUCACUUAAUUUGAUUGAAUGUCCUAAACCUACUCGGGUAUCCAACCUGUCUACUUCAUGGCAGCGUUGCCGACAACAAUCUGUCUCAAACGUCGUUACUGCCUCUCCACCGACCGAAUCGGCUGCACGCCCUCCAUUUCGCCGCUUCUCAGGUACGCGUGUAGUAUCGAAGCCGGCGGGCUCAUCACCCACAGCAAAUUCAUAUUUUUCUUUUAAACCAUCCCGGAAAUCAUCAAAUCCCACACCAGCACCACGCACUCAACCUUAUCAGUAUCCCUAUUUCGCUACCCCUCCUACGGGCGCUAAGAUAUAUAUCAAAGCGCUACCGCAGUCUGAAGGCGGUAGCACCAGUAGUUCAAGCAGUGUUGACUCCGCCGCAAUUGCGACGCCGGAGUCCACCCGGAGUAUUGAACGCAAAGAGGUCAAUGCGCAGGCACAAGCCUCCCUUGGCCACGAGAGACGCCCUACUCCUAAACGUAGAACGGCGAGCGAGAGCUGGACAAAGGACGCGCCCCCGUAGCAAAGGUUUUAAAAUUACGAAUGUAUUAUUUUAUAAUUUUGUGCGUUUCAUCUCUUUCACUUUUUCUGUGUGGGCGAUGAAACAAACAUCAGAUUCAGGGCAUAUCAAGGGUUGAACGCGGAUAGAACAGUAACGAUUUAUAAUGCAACAGUGUAUUUCAUAGUCACGCAUGGCAUCUUACAUACCAAAUAAAUAGUUAUACCAGUGAGAUCUCCA